GCGUUUCGAUGUUAUUGUCAAGCGUUGGGAUACUAAAGACAACACGAACACUUUUCGUGAAACACCUCAAAGUGACUUAAAACAUUUCAACCAGUCGGCUAAUGGAAUGAAGGCGUACAUUGCUAUAACAAAAGGCAUGUACGAAAGCAAUGUGCCAAUCAUUGUUGGAAAUAAUCAGAAGACUACUACCGCGGCCCGAAGGAAACGAAGGAAACGAAGUAAUGCCGUCAAUGAAUACCUGAAUGCUCCUCUCAUUGAAGAUACGCAAUAUGCAAUAUUUAUACGGGUGUUUUAUAGCAAAUCAGAAACG